CCCCUCCUUCAAACCGUCAGUCGUUCUAUAUCACGAUAUCAAUCUACACACUACCCAAACCAAAACCAUCAUCAACAAAUCCAACCAUGUGGGGAGAUCACGACGACACCGACGAGCAGAACGCCUUGAGGAAGGUCGAGGAUAACGAUGGAAGUCUCAGCCAUGACGCCUUGGUCGGAGGUGCCGUCGCUGUCGCUAUGAAGGAAUGGCAAGAGAAGAAGGAGAGGGAUGGGGAGCCCCAAGACUACGAAACCGGAAAGACCGUCUUUGCCGGUCUGGCCGCUGCCGCUCUGACCCACUUGGUCGAGACCAAGGGUAUGGACCAGAUCGACUCUUUGAAGGCCAAGCACGACGCUGCCGAACAGGCCAAGAAGGCGUUGGCGCAAUCUGGGAUCUACGGGCAACAGAGUUACCAGACCAGAGAGUACAACCGGGACGGCGACGACAAUGACAACGAUCGUUCGGGCAGCAGGGGAUACGGAGGAACGAACAAUAACAACGAUGAUAGCUACGGGAAUAACGAAAGGAGUAACCGAGCUGAAGUGUACGGAAACAACGAGUCUGGUGCCUACGGGUCCAACGAGUAUGGGAGGGGAAACCAGGGAAAUGAAUACGGUAGCAGGAACAGGGACGAGAACGAGUAUGGGAACGAGAACCGUCGUGGCGAAGGCCGCGGCGAGGGGUACGGCGGCGACAGGUCCAACGACUAUUAGGUCCACGUCGGACUCGCUCACUCGGUUCUGGUCGUUCGUCCGUCCACGAUCGAAACGCUGAGGAAUUUUAUCCCUGUAUGACUUGCUUACGAUAAGACUGUUUAUGUCCAC